AUGGGUCGUGGGCGUGCACCUUGUUGUGACAAGAGUAAGGUGAAGAAGGGACCAUGGAGCCCUGCAGAGGACUUGAGGCUCAUCACUUACAUCCAGAAGCAUGGUCAUGGAAACUGGAGAGCUCUCCCUAAGCAAGCUGGAUUGUUGAGGUGUGGGAAGAGUUGCCGUUUGAGAUGGAUUAAUUACCUAAGGCCUGGCGUAAAGAGAGGAAAUUUCAGUCCAGAGGAAGAGGAAAUCAUCAUAAAACUACAUGAAUCUUUGGGCAAUAAGUGGUCAAAAAUUGCAUCUCAUUUGCCAGGAAGAACAGAUAAUGAGAUCAAGAAUGUGUGGAACACAUCUCUGAAGAAAAGACUGGUCAUGAAAAGAAAUGUCAAUCCUUAUGGGGAUGAUCAAACCAAGGAACUAUCCAUGACCAAUUCUUUAUCUUCCCCGAAUUCUCCAUCUAGUUCAUUUGUGUCGAAUGACAAUCCAAACACAGGCCUUGACACUCAUGGAGUACGCGAAAAUAUGGCAAUGACAGUGUCUGAGCAGAAACAAGAGCCUUUGAAAAUGUUGCAGAAGCAAGCAUCAUCUUCUUCUUCCUCUGUUUCCUCCUAUGCGUCCGAUUUCUCAAACACCUCCACUCAAGUUGACGUCACAAUGACAAAAGAAGAAAUGGGACCUUUUGAAGUUCAAGAUAACGGUACAUAUGAUGUUGGUUCGGAUGAGCUGGUUGAAAUUCCAUUGGAGUGCGACAUUGAUUUCUGGAACAUGUUAGACAGCUUGGGUACUUUGCAGCCUAAUGAAGCACAACCGGGCGCAUUUGAGGCUUCUCAGGGCUCAGAAAACUUGAGAGCAGAAUGUGACACAGAAAUAGAGUGUAGGAAGUGGUUAAAAUACUUGGAAAAUGAACUUGGACUAGAGGCAACAAGUGAUGGAGGAGACCAUAACAACAAUCCACCACAGAAUGGUGAGAUUAGUGCCUGCAAUGAGAUGGUUUUGAAGCCAGAAAUUGAUGAUCAAGGCAUGCCUUGUUUUCAAAUGUGGCCCCCUUCACCUCACAAAUUUGAUGUCUGAGUCAAUUCAAAAUGUGUGAUUCUUGACAAUUUUGUUAUACAUUUGUAAUCAAUGCAGAUAGGUCUUUUUUUCUCACAUAUGAAGGAUAAUUAUCUUUGUCCUUUUGAAUCCAAUUUAGACUAACAAAAACACAUUUUUUUUAUUUUUAUUUUAUUUUUUAUGGAUUAUCUAGUUGUUGACAAUUAAGACCAUUUAGUGGGUAGGUUACAUUUCCCACUUACU